AUGCAUUAUUACAAUAAAGUAGACGACGUCAAAAAAAUUAGACCGUUACUAGAUGCAUAUCGUGCAGAAAUGCUGUCAGUUUAUGGUCCAAGAUCGGAAUUAUACUCUGUGCAUGCACACAAAUAUUUACCUAAUCAAGUUGAAGAAAAUGGUGCUUUAUUUUCAACUGGUUGUUUUGGCGAUGAAUCAUUUUUGGGUGUGUUAAAGAAAUUUAGAAAAGGAAAUAUUCGAAUACCAUAUCAAAUAUUUAAAUCAUAUUUGCUUCGUGAUUUAUCAUACAAUGAACAACAACCAUUAUCAUUAGACGAUGUAUUUACAAAGUCGAAAAUUUAUGACACAUCAUAUAUUAAUAAAAAUAUACAAGCUACAUAUAUGAAUGAUUUUAAAACAACAUUUAAUACAUUAUUUCAGCAAACAGUAGAUAAAAAUAUAUUAUAUUGUAGAUUAAAUCGUGGUCUUGUUAAAUUUAAUUCAUUGUUAUAUAGUCGAAUUGGUUCUCAUUUAAGUAACAUUAUAUCAUUUGAAACUAUUCAUUGUAAACAACAGAAAAGAAAAUGUUAUGGUGCUGUAAUAUGGUACUUUCAAUAUCAGUUCAUUGAUUAUGCUUUUAUAAAAGCAUUUUUAUGUACAGAUGAUGUAAUUCGAUCAAAACGUGAUGAUUUAUUAGCGGGCAUUGCACAUGAAUAUAUUGAUCAUUAUUAUGCUGUUAUAGAUUUAAGUAGAUUUAAUUUUAUUGUUAUACCAGUAAAAUCUAUAUUACAUCAGUGUAUGAUUAUACCAUUUGGAGAUAAAUAUUUAUUAACUGAAAUUUUUUGUACAUAUGAACAUGACUAA